GGGCGCGAUUCGUGAAUCAUAAUUUCUUGUCUAUUUUUCUUCUCAUGUUGCACUCAACGAAGUAUAGCGUAUUAUGUACCACUAAUGUGGCCAGUAAAGCUCUACUUUACCAUCUUAUGACUGUUCACUCGUUCACGGAGCCCAUGAAAGCAAAGAGUCGAUUUUUGUUUGAUUGCACCUCUAGUCUCUCCCUGUCAUCCUCUUUUCCGGCAUGGAAAGUGUUCUCUUUCAUUUUUCCUUUCGUUGUCGAGGAAAGACGGCGUAGAAUGAGCGGCUAGAUAAAGCAAUGAUCCACGAUCACGUCACCGCUUUGCUCUAAGGCAUCACUCCAGCUUGUCUGCCUCGACGAUGGCCUCCACGGCGCCCAGUGUUCUCCUCCUAGCCUCUCUUCCCGACCUGUCGACGCCUCAUUUUCUCUCACCUGUUAUCAUCGCUGCCGCAACCAGCGCCCAGAAGCGACUCACCAUCGCUCUGUAUUCUCCUCUCUUUACCGCGCCUAGCGAUGACGUUACAGAGCCACCCUUCUCAUACACCGAGCGAUGGGAUGAUGUUCAACGGCUUUUGACCUUCACGUACGUUCAGGCAACCAAGGUCGCCCAGGAGCUGAACAAAGUGCUGUUGGAAGUCGAUAUAUUGCUCAAGGGGGUAAACGAGGGCAUACCGGAAUUUGCAGUGGAGACAGAUGUAGUAUUUCGGGUGCAGGGAGAUGCACUCGCGCCGCUGUUAUCAUCGCCUGUACCACAACAUUAUGUUGCUCCUGACACGGAGGCCGAGCUCCAUCAUCAGCCAUUACCACCCGCAACGCAGAAUGUGUCCUAUCCACCUAUGUACCCUGUUACCGCACUUGGUGGCACCUUUGAUCACCUGCACGCAGGGCACAAGAUCCUAUUGAGCAUGGGGGCAUGGAUAUCCAGCGAGAAACUCAUCGUGGGUGUCACAGGUGACGAAUUGCUCAAGAAUAAAGCAUAUAAACACGUCUUGGAAGACAUACAAACGCGUAAAGACCGUGUCCGGAAGUUCCUGACCCUCUUUAAGCCUGGUCUUGUUUACGACAUCGUUGUCAUCAGCGAUGUGUAUGGUCCAACCGGCUGGGAUCCAAAUAUACAAGCGUUGGUAGUCAGUGCCGAGACAAUGAGCGGUGCGAAAGCUAUCACCUCUCAUCGUGCAAGCCAAUCUCUUCCCGCACUGGAGAUCUUCGUUAUCGAUGUUAUCUCCCCGACAUCAUCCAUGCUUGAUCACGAAGAUCACGAACUCUUGAAACAGACCAAGAUGAGCAGUACAUUCAUUCGAGAGUGGAUUUCCAAGCAAGUAAAUGGUGAUGAUUAAUAUAAGCGACGGGACAAAGAAGAACACAAGGACUGGUAUGUACGAAAGGUGUAUGGAUAGCGGUAAUAGAAACAAUGCUACGAAGCAUGCAAUCACUGCGGCGUACGAAGGAAAACGGGUCCAAGUUCUGAAGGCCUCGAGCUUGUUGAUAUGGCAG